CAACUUUAGCUAAUUAUCAACUUUCCAACUACUUGCUACUUUUUUAAAAGCUAUUUUGCAACUACUGACCAUGUCAGCUAACACUUCCCCUAACCCUAACCCUUUUAGCUAAAUCCUUCCCCCACCAAGACUGUUCCUAGAGCUGGCUGCCCGGCCAAACUGAACAAGAGGAGAAGGGCCUUGGUCAGGGAGGUGACCAAGGACCUGAUGGUCACUCUGACAGAGCUCCAGAGUUCCUCUGUGGAGAUGGGAGAAACUUCCAGAAUGAAAACCGUCUCUUCAGCACUCCACCAAUCAGUGGCGAGACAGAAACCACUCCUCAGUAAAAGGCACAUGACAGCCUGCUUGGAGUUUACCAAAAAGCACCUAAAGGAUUCUCAGACCAUGAGAAACAAGAUUCUCUGGUCUGAUGAAACCAAGAACUAACUCUGGCCUAAAUGCCAAGUGUCACGUCUGGAGGAAAUCUGGCACCAUUCCUGCGGUGAAGCAUGGUGGUGGAUGUUUUUCAGCGGCAGGGACUGGGCGACUAGUCAGUAUUGAGGGAAAGAUGAACAGAGCAAAGUACAGAAUGAUCUUUGGUGAAAACCUGCCCCAGAGCACUCAGGACCUCAGACUGGGGCGAAGGUUCACCUUCCAACAAGAUGACGACCCUAAGCACACAGCCAAGACAAUGCAGGAGUUGCUUCCAGACAAGUCUCUGAAUGUCCUUGAGUGGCCCAGCCAGAGUCCGGACUUGAACAUCUCUGGAAAGACCUGAAAAUAGCUGUGCAGCGACACUCCCCAUCCAACCUGACAGAGCUGGACAGGAUGUGCAGAGAAGAAUGGGAGAAACUCCCCAAAUACAGGUGUGCUAAAUUUGUAGCGUCAAACCCAAGAAGCCGCCAGAUCAAGCAAUGGCGCCGAAGGAGAUUGCUGCCGUUUUACGAUCCCGUAACCAAUUGUGCUAUUGUGUAUGUUUUUUCACGUUGUUUUGUACAUAAUGUUUCUGCCACCGUGUCUUAUGACAGAAAAGAGCUUCUAGAUAUCAGGACAGCGAUUACUCACCCCAUACUGGAGGAAUACUUUUUCUUCAACGAGUCGGACGGGAAGGAUUUACUUCAGACGCCCGACAAGGUCCUCAUCCCCGUAAUUUGCAGAAGAAAGAGACGGAGGUAUCGUGAACGAAGAUCAGGGUGCCUUGAUAGGAUCCGUCGCAGAGAAGAAAGCCUUGUCAGGAACAGAAGACCUAGUUCAGGUCACUUCCCUAGAAAUGUGUGUGGACACUCAGGAGAGCACUCUGGGCAACUUUGGUGCCUACUUGCCCAAGCUGGUGCAGCUGAAAAUGAACAACAGUAUGAUAAUGUCAGUGAGAUCACGGGGAUCGAGCCUGUUCCUGAGGAAGCAGUAUAUCCUUUGUGUCUGGCUCGUCAGAGUCAAAAUAAUUCUGCUAGUCCGUGGGAUCUGGGAACCACGCUGUCCCAUCUGCAGGUGCUGUGGAUGUCUCGCUGCAACCUGGCAGACCUGGAUGGGAUUCCCUCCUUCUCCUCUCUCAAGGAGCUGUAUGUGGCCUACAACAGUGUGUCGGACCUGAGUCAGGUGAGCAUGCUGGAGAAUCUACAGCUGUUGGACCUGGAAGGGAAUGAUGUGAAUGACCUGGUGCAGGUGCAGUACCUGGGCCUCUGCUCCCAGCUCCGCACACUUACCCUGGAGGGAAACCCCGUCUGUAUGUGCCCCCACCCCAACGCCACACAGGAGGAGGAGGAGGGGUACUGCUACCGGUCAUCAGUGAGGGAGCUGGUCCCGCAGCUGCGUUACCUAGACGACAUGCAUGCCAGGGAGGAGGCGGGGUCUCGCUGUAGCAGCUCCAUGGGGGAAGACUGGGCCCUGCUCAGAGAGUCUUUUAAAGACUGCAGCUCUACAGAGACAGCUGAGGAGAAGAGAGCAGCCAGUGUGUGUGUCUACUCCAGACCCAGCUCUGGCCAGCACCAAGCUAGCAGCCUCUCCGGUUCCCGUCCCUCCAGCCGACCAGUCACUGCCAGGCCCCUCUCAGCAGCCGGCUCCAGACCCCUCUCUGGGUCGCGACCCUUAUCAGCGGCUGGGUACAGAGCCCUCUCCCCUCCCGGGUCCAGAUCUGGUUCUGCUGAUGCAGAUCUAGUCUCUGUGGACCCAGACGCUAGCGUUCUGACGCACGGUGCAGGGAAGGUCUUGUUCUGUGGGAGCCCUGUCCAGGCCCUCAGAGCCAGGCGACAGAAGAUGAGGAAUGCAGCCCCCUCCCCUGUGUCCACUCCUAGCACCCCGCCCCUCCAUGUUCCGGAGCACAACUAUGACCUUGAGGAGCAAGAAGGAUGCCAGGGCAGUGAUGUGUUCUCUGAGCUCAGGGCCUGGAGGGAACAGCAUAACAAACGUCUAUUAGCCAUGGAGAGGGAUGGGCCUCAGAUACUGACCAUCCUCAAUGGUGAUGAAGAGGAGGAUGAUGAAAGUCUCAGCAUUUUCAGUGGCAAGGAGGAAGAAGAGGAGAGAAAAAAAGAGAGCGCUGGUUUGAGUCACUGGUUAAACACUGACUCGACAGACUCCUCUUCCCAGUCCCCCUCUCCAGAUGUGUUUCCGAGAGAAGCCAAAUCCCCUGAAGUGGCCCGGCUCUCCCUGUCCGCUGACUGCACUCUGUCGCCCUCUCCCCCUCAAAGUGCCACAUCAGCCCCUGGUAGCCGGAGGCUGUCAGUGCUGCGAGCACGCAGACUGAUGAGGCUCAGUGGUGGGGUGGCUGGGGCUGUUGUAAGGCCUGCUGAAGACCAUACAGACUCAGAGACGGUCACAGGAGUCCGCAUCUUGGAGAGCCAGGGGCUCCAGGAGGCUGUGAGGCCCAAAGUCCCUCUGCUGCCCAAGACUACUUACCACAUGCCCCACAGGCCAGCCUCCAGCCCACUGGUCAGAGGGCUCAGGUCACCAACAGGUGGAGCUUAUGUGCAGUCUGUCAACGGGCUUCAACCAAUUGUCUUGUGCAGACCACCAGGGAGGCCGGCCAUUAUGCGUCCUCACGUGGCCAAGGCAGCUCUGCAGAAAACGCUACAGCGUCUCACACUCCAGCCCAGCAGGGGGAACUCUCACUUAGACUAAGCCACACACUGUCUGGGAUUGUUUCCUGAGAGGGGAACACUCAAAACAGGAGCUGAGGCAGAGUUGGAGAUUGUCCUCCAGGUCCCUGCUCUUCUGAGCUGAGCCAACUUGUGAUGUGAAGACUUCCUUAGAGUGCAGUGACAAGUCUCCCUCUAUGUUAUGUUUAGGAAAGAGGACCCUGGGGGCUGGAUUACAUCCAACUGUCACCUGGAUAAUGGAACAUAAAAGCUGUGGAAUCCAAGUGUGAACUUGCUAUGUCAGUGUUCUGACUUCCUCUGAUGGACAGUUAGAGAAUUACCUGCAUCCCUCUGCUCUCUCAGCUCAGCACAGUACAGUACUGACAAUGACUCUGAUACUGAGCUCACAUUGGCUUUACUAAGGACAACAGCUCUAUUUGAAAAGGUUUAUAGUUUGGUCGAAGAUAUAUUUCUUGGAAUGGCCUUUAAAUUGAAUUAGUAUACUUUUCACAAUGCUGAAUUUUUGUGGGACUUAAGUGUGUUUCUCAUAUCUGUGUUUUUCAGUUUGAAUGACAUUUUGUACUGUUUUUAUUCACUCAAGUACUACCUUAUCCACACCUUAAAUAAAAACAUAGUUUGAUCAACAAAUAUUUCCUUUAAUGGAACAAUUUGAUCUUGACUAGCUUAGUAAGAUCAAAUGUCUUAGUUGUUAAAUCACAUCUCUAGAGUUUGAAUCUAUCCAGGUUUGUUAAGAUAUAAAGAAAGCGUGUAGAGUCCAAUCAAGGAUUAUUCUCCAAUGGAAGAAAUGUAUCAUCUUUCACCUCACUUUCCCCAACUUUGUGGUGGUGUGGCAAUAUUAUGCCACUUGGGGGCGCCAUAUAACUCACUAACUCACUACUGCCCCUACUGUGUUGUCAAGACUGCCUUCAUAAAACUACUCAAGACUCACAUUCUACUCUCUGCUUUGGGCCGGAUCAAAGAGAGAGUUUAACAGCAAAAGCAAUUAAGACAUCACUAAAUUAAAUAGUGUGUGUAAAUAUAACUGUGUCUGAGUGCUUUAGGUCAAUACUUAACACUACUGGAGUUUUUUCCAAAUAUUUGGGAAAACUAGUAAAGUUAGUUGGCCAGUGUGUCCCUGCUUCGGGAAAUAGUCCUGAGCUGCUGGAAAAGGGCCAGUGCUAUUGUGAAGCUUACAGUGGAAAGAUCAGGACCAGAGGGGAAAACUGAUCCUAAAUCAGUUCCUACGGGUAGAUAGUAAUACGAGUACUGUUUGUUUUGACUGGAGAAGCUGUGUGACAGCCUCCUCCUCACGUGGCAUCCAUUGUGGACAACAGGUGCAGGGCCGUAACCAGGGUUUCAGUUUUAAUGAGGCCUGGAAGGGGAUGGAGGAGGAUUUUUUUUUUUAAGUUGAAGCUCAUUUACUGCAUUUCUAUACAAUUAAAACAACUUUAAAAUGGUAUUUGGAGAAUAGCAAAAACAAGAAAAAAUUACCCCAGACAUUAAUUAUCACCUUGGCUGCUGUAGGCUUAUUCACCUCAGUCGAUCUACAAACACAGCCUAUUAGCUAUACAAUUGUAAUGUUAUACCUCUGAAAAGGGGGAAACAUGAUCAAUUAUUCACACUGACAUUCAGCAUCGAAACUAAAAUGUACUACAUUUUUAGAACUGUAUUGAUUGCAUUUUAAUGUAGGCUUAUAGAUAAGAUAUGCCAUGUUUAUCAUUUAUUUAUUUCACCUUUAUUUAACCAGGUAGGCUAGUUGAGAACAAGUUCUUAUUUACAACUGCGACCUGGCCAAGAUAAAGCAAAGCAGUUCGACACAUACAACAACACAGUGUUACACGUCCAGAUUGUCUAGCCCAGCUGAUUUGUACAGGUCCAGGUUUUGCAUGUGGAGAUAAGAUUAGUACAGAUUUUCUCAGGGGACCCCAACCCUAAGUUUGGGAACCACUACACUAACCUCUGACCCUCUCUCUGCUUGCUUCCUCUCUGUCUCUGUCUCCUCUAGUUCCUCCUGCAUGCAUUGCAGCCUGCCUCCGCCUCACCACUGAGUGCCAUAUCGCUCACUGUCUGUCUCAGUACUAGCCUACUCUCUGUAAAGCAAAGUUAUUACGAGAACUUAGUUGUGUAGUUUUUGCUCUUGCUGAGUUAGACUUCGUUUAACGUUAGCCUCUUAUUUCCUCCUAGCAAGCUAAGUGAUACUAACCAGAGCCCUUCGACGUUACUGCCAGUUUCUGCCAAUAGAAGUCUCUGCCAGAGGCUAUCCCCCUGACUGACUGACAUAUUUAUAAUCGACUUGUUUGCAGUUGUGCACUCAUUCUCCCAGAGUCAGUUUGUUUGGGGGAUGUCCAUAGCCAGCACCCCCUGAAAAAUCAGAAUACAUUUAUUAUAUAUAUAUAUAUACCUCUAGAGCAGGCAAAAUUAUUUUUGGUUGUAUAGUUAAGAACAGUAUCUUGCAGGAUUCAAUAGUUAGAAUUGUAUGAGUUGUUGCCCUGUCCCUUUCUCUGUGAUUGUCAUUCUAAUGGAAUCCAGAAAGAACAAAACCUUGUCCUCAAACAUUUACAUCAAAAGGUGCAAAGAUACAAAACUUCCACAUCAAAUUAAAUAUUUUUCUUGAUUAAAAAAACAUGGAAAACCA